AUGCAUCAUUCUGCCUACUUCGUCUCGGUGCUGGCCACCAUCACCAGUCUUGCGCGGGCGCAGACUGUCUCUGGAACUCCAGAAGGCUUCGCUGCUGGCACGACCGGCGGGGCUGCGGGCUCGACGGUCACUCCCAGCUCUACGGAUGAGCUCGUCUCGUACCUUACGUCGUCUGACCCAUUGACGAUUGUGCUUUCCACCACCUUCGACUUCACCGGCACCGAGGGCACCACCAGCGAGACCGGUUGCGCCCCGUGGGGUACCGGCAGCGGAUGCCAGCUUGCCAUCAACGCGAACGACUGGUGCACCAACUACGAGUCUGAUGCGCCUUCCGUUUCUGUCAGCUAUGACAACGCCGGCACCACGCCAAUUGACGUUGCAUCGGACAAGACUGUGAUCGGCGUGGGAAGCAGCGGUGUCAUCAAGGGCAAGGGCUUGAGGCUUGCCAAUGGUGUCAGCAACAUCAUCAUCCAGAACAUCGCCAUCACUGAGUUGAACCCGCAAUACGUGUGGGGUGGAGACGCCAUCACGCUGGACGGCAGCUCGAACAUCUGGAUUGACCAUGUCCACACCUCUCUGAUCGGCCGCCAACACAUCGUCAGUGGCUACAACGCCAACACUGCCGUCACCAUCAGCAACUGCGAGAUCGACGGUGUGACGGACUGGUCGGCGAGCUGCGACGGACACCACUACUGGGCCCUCUACUUCACCGGCGAAGGCGAUCAGAUCACCUUUAAAGGAAACUACGUCCACCAUACCUCCGGUCGCUCGCCUAAGAUUGACGAGGGUUCUUUCGUGCAUCUCCCAAACAACUACUGGUAUGCAAAUUCCGGUCACGCAUUCGAAGGCGCCGAUGGCUACGCUCUGGUGGAGGGCAGUGUGUUCCAGGAUGUCGUCGAGCCGGAGAACGGUUGGGCGGGUGCCAUGUUUGCUCCCACCAGUGAUUCGAGCAGUUGCGCGAGUGCUCUCGGACGUGACUGCCCGGCCAACAUCUUUGGGAACUCUGGCAGCCUGAGCGAGAGCGACACCAGCGUGUUGGAUCAGUUUGGGAGCUUGGAGGUUGCGGAUGCGCUUGAUGCUGCGAGUGCGCAGUCUAGUGUGCCGGACAAUGCUGGUGUGGGCAAGAUCUGA